CAACAAACUGGUGUUUUGAUGGCGCAUUCGUUCGAUAGCAACGGUUUGGAUUGGAGUAGCAGGCGCGCGCUUUGUUUUAUUAUCCAUUUUAUCACCAUUUAUUGUUAUUGGCAUUGUGGUGUUUGAACGCUUUAUACUGCGAAACUCGCUGGAUGGCGGUUAAUUCUGUUGUACUCGAGGUAUGCGCAUUCUAGUUGGUGGCAAUAAUAACAACAAAAAUAAGAACAUAAGCAAUAGUGAUAGCACUAACGACAACGUCAACGACAGCAGCGUUUAGAGGCAGUGACAGCGGUUGAGUUCGUUGAAUAUUCCCGCUAUCAGAUCGCUAUCACAAGGCUGCGCGGCAUAUCACAUCGCGCCGUUCAGUGCAGUGAGGUAGAGUCGAAUUGGAGUAUGAAGAGUCGCGGCAGUGACGAGCAAAACUCAUCAAAGUUAACGCAAACGGCUGCAGUAGCAACAGCAACAGUCGACGAGUAGACAGUCAGUGAGUUAGUCAGUUGUUCAGUAAUUCAGUGCUGCGGCAGUGUUCGUAACGAAAUCGCGGUUUGGUGACUUGAACGCAAAUAAAUUUGAUUAUUAUUAUUAUUGUCGCUAUUACUAUUAUUAUAACGAUUAUUGUGUUGAUUGUGGUUCCUAUUUGUAGUAUUAUGCUGAUGACAUUUUCAUGGCCCGUGCUGGUCGAUAGUUUUCGGUGAAAAGUGAAUUUUUAAACGCGAAUGAUAAAUUAAAAACUUGAAAAGUUCAAAGUGGACCACAAACGAAAUUUAAGUUAAUUUCAAAAAAAUACAAAAAAUCAAAUCAAAUCAAAAAAAUAGUAGGUAAUCUAAAAAUAAAAAUGAUUUAUAGCAUCAACAAAUUGAGAAAGGCCAACCAUAUAAAAACUGCGGCGUCUGUAUAUAAAUAAACUAGUAAUAAAUUUUAAAAUUAAUUGUAAGUGAUUAUCCUCCAAAAAAAGUGGUGAGUUUUUCUCACAAAAGUACGAGGAAGUCCAUAAACAACAAUAAGCAUCACACUGUUUAUUUAAAGUUGAACAAGUUAAUUUUGAUUCAAACCUAAUGAUUAAUCUUGACACUGCUCCAAAAAAUCUUGCCCAAAAUAAAAUAUUUUCAAACCUAUUAAUUGGUAUUGACAACUCUAAAAUUUAAUUAAAGGAAUUUUGUGAAAAUUACAAAUGGAAACGAAGUAUACGAAAAAUAAAUCAACUAAGUCUUCUUAGUCUACUGAAAGAGAAACGUUUAAAAUAAAAAUAAUAAUAAUUGCGAGUGCAAAAUACAUAAAAAUAGUUGAUAGGCAAUCUAUGAACCGUAAUGUAUUUUUAGUGUUGUGAAACCUUGUGAACUUGUGUAGAAAGCAAUAGCGCAGGAGUGAAGAGAAUUUGAAACGCCCUUUAUUGCCAAAUGAAUUCGUAAAGUGUAUACGCCAAACAGACCGAUAACUAUCAUAAGAAUAUUCAGACAUAAUCUCAAAAAAAAAAGUGCCCCACUUCCCACAACUCCAACCCACUAUCAGCCAGCUCAUUGGAUUUGUCUUUAUUUUAAGACUACAACCGCCAAAAUUCUUACCACCAGCAACAUGAAUUCUUACUUCGAGCAAGCUUCGGCGGGCUUUUACGGCCAUCCGCAUCAGGCCACAGGCAUGGCCAUGGGCACGGGUGGUCAUCAUGAUCAGACAGCUACAGCGGCUGCGGCCGCCUAUCGUGGCUUCCCGCUCUCGUUGGGCAUGUCGCCUUAUGCCAAUCACCAUUUACAGCGCACAACACAGGACUCGCCCUACGAUGCGAGUAUCACUGCAGCUUGCAAUAAGAUCUACAGUGACGGUGCCUACAAACAGGAUUGUCUGAAUAUCAAGGCCGAUUCCGUAGUCAAUGGUUACAAGGAUAUUUGGAAUACCAGCGCCAAUGGUACCAGUGGUGGCGGCGGUGGUUCUGGUGGAGCUGGUGGCUCAGGUGGCGGAUCCAACGGAUCAAACGCUAAUGGACUGAAUAAUGCCGCUGGCGGUAUGCCAGUGCGGCCAUCCGCCUGCACUCCAGACUCGCGUGUUGGCGGGUAUUUAGACACCUCGGGCGGCAGCCCAGUUAGCCAUCGGGGUGGCAGUGGUGGUGGUAGCGGCGGCACGGGAGUUGUUGGUGGCGGCCAAGGUGGCGGUGGUGGGGUUGGGAGCGUAGGUGGUGUUGGUGGUGGUGUGGGCGGCGUUGGCGGCGCAGGCACCGCUUGGAAUGCAAAUUGCACAAUUUCCGGCGCCGCAGCAGCACAGAGCGCUAGCAGUUUACAUCAGGCCACCAAUCACACAUUUUACCCCUGGAUGGCUAUCGCAGGUAAGAUAAGAUCAGAUUUAACACAAUACGGCGGGAUAUCAACAGACAUGGGUAAGGAAUAUUCCAUUUUUUAUUUUCUGCUUAAGUUAUUAUUUUGCUCUACACAAUUCGGUGUUGGAAUUUUUGACAUAUUGACACAUACGGAGCAACAUUUUAAGGAAAGAGCACGCAAUAUGCAUGUGAAGAUGCUGAGGAAAGAACACGAUAACUUCGCAGCCCUGGCGCAGGGCAUAAUAAAAACAACAUUAUUUCGAGAAAAGAAAACGCUGUAA